CCUCUCCACUCUCCCGCUGGUCCCGAUUUCCAUGACCACUCCGCUGGGGCAAGGCAAAGUUUAUUGGGCCAAGGAAAGGUUUAUACGUUGGGGAGCGGGACAAAGAGAUGCAGAGACUCUUCCACCAGUCUUAUAACCUACCCGGAGGCGAGCGUGUGACAACUAACACUUCCUAUUCACCAAUUACACAAAAAUUACGUUCCCAUGCUUUUCCAUUUUAGAUAGCCUAUCCAGAAUGAGGGCGACGCAUCGAUUCAGCCAUCUCUGCAAUUCACUUUCACAGUGACAAAUUAAUGAGAGAGUUAGGGCGGCUAUGCAUCAGAUUUCGUUUAGGUCUAUGAUUAACAAAUCUGCUCAAUAGAAUAAAUAAUCGAUCCCCUCAGUGUUUGACGCUUGGCCUAGCCAGUUGAAUUAACACUCUUUAGUCAUCGAUGGGAUCAGGACUGGAUUAAGCAUUGUAACAGUGUUCUGAUGGAACAUAAUCCAAUGAUCCCAUUGAUCAGUCAAGUAGCACCCCAUUUACAAGUGCGCAACGGUAUUGACACAUUAGUAAGCACUUAAGGUAGGCUAUUUCCUCUGAUUUUAUAGGUACCAACUCCAAUUUCAACGGGGGACUCUGAUACAUUUAGGAACCAUAUUUAAUUUCAAAUGUGUUAAAUGCAUGUAGCUACGUUAAUAUUUCUGUUUGACUCUGUAGCCUAUCAAUAAUAUGUUUUUAAGUAUGUCUCUGUUUCAAUAAUCAUUAACAUCAUCAUCGUCACAUGUGUUUACAUAGGUGUAAUUAUACCAGUGUAUGAGUUGGUGUUUUAAAUACUAUUUAUGCCAAACUAUAUGUCUAAAAUGUAUUAAGUCGGUCAACAAUAUCUGAGAAAAUGUUAAAUGCCGGGUUUUCUGCCUUUGUGCAGGUUGUACCUCACGUUUACGCAAUUUACAAACAUUAGGGUUCUAAUGAUUGACUUCCCGAAAUACAAACAUCAAACGCCACAGAACAAUGAGGGUUGGUCUAUUUCGACAGGGACGCUUCUGUGACAGUAAGGAAAGGGAGGUUGAUCUUAAUUCUCCAUAACAAAAGUACAAAGACUGGUCGGAGACCAAAGACAAUUGAACACCUCCUUCCCUCCUUGCGCCCAGGCGGCGCCUUGGCGGAUAGACCGUGUCUCUCAUUAGCAAAAGAUGUCUCGACCAGGGAGAUAUAAAAGACAGAAAGAAGGAGAGAAAGGAGGGGGGUUCAAACCGGGCGACAAAAACAACUCAUCCCCUCUCUGUAAACGAACUUGGCUCGAGUCUGCAGACAGUGCGUCAACAAGGCAAGGAGAGAGACACCAAUUUUAGCGUUAUCAACUUUGGAUGAUACAGUGGCGCACGCAUUGGGAAUAAUUUGUAAUUUUAGGCCAACAUUUAUAAAGGAGUAAACUUGGUUUAAACUUGAAGUCAGGACACAUAUAUCAUAAAAGAAACGGCAAUAUGCUUGCAGAGGGCAGGGAAACGCCGGUCACCAUAGUGGUUGAUACCAACAGUGGACAUGGAGAUGAGCCAUGCCCGCGCAGCUCAGUUAAUAUGACUGACCACAGUCGGCGACACCGAACUGCCUUUACCCGGGAACAACUGUCCCGCCUGGAGCAAGAAUACCUCAAGGAGAGCUAUGUUUCUCGACCGAGGAGAUGCGAACUGGCGACAGCACUGAACCUCCCCGAGACCACAAUCAAGGUAUGGUUCCAAAACAGGCGAAUGAAGGACAAGAGGCAGCGUCACUCUCUCAGCUGGCCACACCCUCUGGACCCCAACCUGUGUGCCCUUAUGGUGAGCCAGGCUGCAGCAGGCCUACCUUACCCCUUUCUCCCCCACCUCCCCCUGCACCUCUAUUCUCACCUCGGGGUGGGGGCAGGUGCCCCCUCUGUUCCCAGCCCCUUCGCUGCACCCCUCAGGCCACUGGAUCCCCUGUGCCUCUCUCACUCCCCUUACCCUAGGCCGGGUGGUCUACCCCCAACGGCUCUCUACCCCCAUUCCAAUGUGAUGCACAAUCCCGCCACUUGCCCCUGCCCCCUCUGCCUCCACUGGGGAUCAGACCAACUGUUCAAAGCCAGAGGGCUGACCACGAUUGGCCUGAAUCGACCACGCAGUCCCAAAACGAUGGCUACCAGUCUAGACAGGAGGGAAGAGGUGCCUUUGCCCAGAUGAAGUUUCCUGCAUUAGCUACCAGGAAAUUAUGAUAUGAAGUCAAUGGUGGUGACGGUACAUUGAGCACAAUCACACCUCAUGAUCAGAUAAACUGCCCUCCCUGGAGGAGUGCAAUUCGAUCCAGCUUUCCAUGUUGUUGGAGCUCUAGAUUUGCAUGUGUCUGUCUGUAAUAACACAGCUGGGGUUGUUAAUACUGUUUUAUUUAUUCAUGUGAAAUGCAACAACUUUCCAGAUUGAUGACCUUGAAACAUUCCAGCCUAACACUGGGGAUGACCUUGAGGCAAUAAAAAAAAACGUUCCUUUUGUCGUAACUACAUUUUCUUUAGUGCCAAGAACGAGAAUCUUCAUUCUAACUGCUGAUUCACUAAAAGGCAGAGGAGAUUCAUUAGUAGAAUGUCCAAUUAGACAUUGCAGGUGAAACAAUAUAUAAAAAAAUAUAUAUUACUGAAACUUUUCAGUCAUAAAAAUUCACCUAUUUCACUGUUUGCUCUGAUAAUCAAGUAUGAAUCUCAACACCUGAGAAAUGGCUUUGCAGAAACUACUGUUGCUCAUGUGUUUGUCUAAUGUUUGCACUAUUCUAUUAUCUUGUCUAGAAUUGAAGAGAAUGCAUACGGUACCAGAAUAUGUGAAGGCGCAAUGUGUACAUAAGAUUUUCUUUUCCACCUUUUGGAAUAUGUGAUGAAAUAUUUUAGUUAAUACAUAUUUAUGAGAAAUCUCUGGUUCAAUAUUUUAAAAGAACAAAUUGUGAUUGAGUACACUCGUUUGUAUCAACAAUGACCUAUAUUACUCUGUCAAGCAUACUUUUACAAAGUAAAUAAAAUAAAUAAACUCAAAUCAAUCUA